AUGAGUUUUCGUGUGGCUGCUCGUCAGGUAGGUUGAAUCAAACUGUAUUUAAUCAUGACAGUUGUUAUACUUUUCCUUCUUGAAACUGUUUAAUAUAUUGUGGUUUCAUCUGCUUUGCCGUGUGUUUUAAAGAGUCUUUUAAAAGAGUGACAGCUGAAAAACUCGUUAACCUUCACCGAUGCUAGCUAACAUAAGCGACUGAUGUCGUUUCCAGUAACUUUUAAAUUUAUGAUUUAUUUUCUCCUUCAGUUUUCUCACGAUUUUUACGUACAUACAAUUGUGACAGCUGUCUUGCCACAAUUAAUAACCAUAAUUUAAUCGAGUGAGAAAAUGUUACUGUUAAUCCUUACCGUCACUGUUUCCUUUUACAGGUUAUUUCAUGGACUAUAAGAGGCACCCCCACCUCUGUGCCCAGUCCACUUCAGUUUGGGACAUGCCAUCUCCACUGCAGACUCUUCUGUUCCCCCAGCAGCCAAAGCCCUCUCCAUCCAGCUCAACAAAACCCCAAUGAACGGACCCACCAGUCAAGAGAGCCCGUCACAGAGCUGUCCAUCCACUCCCUGCGUGAUCUGGGAUUCACAGAAACUCAAGCAGAGCAAAUCUGUGGUUCUGUAUCUAAAAUCAGAGGAGGAAACGCGACCAAACAUGCUAUGUCAACUCUCACAGCUCUGUUCAUUUUGGGCCUCAAUGCUUCCAGUGUGCUCAAACUGCUGGAAAAGUGUCCUGAGGUCUUCCAUGUGAAGGAGUCCCUGCUGCAGCAGAGAAUAGACAACCUGCGCAAACUGGGUUUAGUUGAAGGUGAGGAGAACUUCAUGCUCAGAGUCACAGUAUCAGUGGGAUGAGCUUUAUUUUCAUUACACUGGCAUUUUUAUGUUCUUUGUUUAGGUAGUCUGCAAAGAGUGGUGGCCUAUUAUCCUCAGAUCCUCACAGUACCUGUGAAGAGACUGAGAAAUGUGGUGAUGUUCCUCAGAGAGAAGUGCCUCUUUACUGGCAAGCAGGUCACUGACAUCCUCAGAGAGAGCCCGGCUGUGGUUCUGGAGAACAUGAGUCAGCUGGAGUACAAGUUUCAGGUCAGUGCAUUGAUCAAACGAUAACCAAAUGAUUGAUUGUUUAUUAUUAUUAUUUAUUUGUUUAUUCAAACAGGUUAAAAGAAAAACAAAAUGAAUAUAGCAUACAAUGUGCUUUGGCAGAAAAACAAUUAAAGAGACAGUUCUGUAGAAACAUAGAUAAUCAUACUUUGUUCAAAAGGGUGUAGGAUGAAGUUGGUAAAACUUAUCUAGUCCUAACCCUUUAUUGUUGUGUUACUGUAAUUUAAUCAUUCAGAGCAUGUGUAGAAAUAACAGCACAGAAGAGAGAAAAUAUAUCAGAAAAAAAGGCACGUUGCCUGUCAUAAAUAUAAAUUCAUGUUUUCGUUUUUCUCUUAUAUCCAGUCAGAAUGUGGUUUAUAAAAAUAAGUUUGAACUUGCUUAGUGAUCUGCAGGUUUUCAUCUCUUUGCUGCAGCUGUCCCACAGAUUAACUCCUUUGACUGAUAUACAGUGCAUUUUUGUGUUUGCACUGUGUGUAUUGUGCAGUUAGUACAAAAACAUAACAUUUUGAAGUACUUGCAUAUAUUUUGAUCAAUCAUUAAUUGUGUUAUAAAUUUAUUAAACAGUAUAUUUCUCUGUGUAAUGCUUAUCUUAAAGUUUCAGGCUGUCUUUGAAUUAAACAGAUAACUCAAAGAUACAACUUUGGCCUCUAAAAUGAUAUUUUUAAGACGUUUUGGAGGCUGGAUUAUGAAUCAUAAAUCAGAAUUUCUGUAAUUGUAAUUCUUGUCACAGGUCUGAUUAAAUGAAAGUGUUUACUGUAAGCAAGUUGCCUUGUUGUGACUUCAGACUGAUUGACAUCCAUAGAAUUUGACCAUCAUGUUUGAACAUAAACAUUAUGUUUAUGACUACAAAAGAUGAAGAACAACAUCCACACCAGAAGGUUGCUUUCCACAAGUUUUUUUUUCUCAUGAGAUUCUAUGCAAGUACAGUUUUUAAUGUGAUACCAGGGCUUUCAAGCAGUCUUAAGUUAGAUUUUGUAUCCUUCACUGUAAAGACAUGGAUGGAUCUCAAUUUUUUAAAAUUAAAUGAAAACAAAACAGAGGUCAUUCUGUUCGGUCGCCCUGACCUGGUUCAGGUCCUUGCCAGCUCCCUUGGCUCACUGGCACCGUACAUAGCGUCCCAUGCCAGGAAUCUUGGUUUUAUUAUUGACGGUGAUUUUAAACUUGACAAACAGGUCAGCGCAGUGGUCAGAUCUAGCUGUUAUCAGCUAAGGUUUCUCGCCAAAGUUAAAUCCUAUUUAAGCCAGAAGGACCUUGAAAAAGUUAUCCAUGCUUUUAUCACAUCUCGUUUAGAUUACUGUAAUUCCCUGUAUGUCGGCAUUGGCAAGUCAGAGCUCAACCACUUGCAGCUCAUUCAGAAUGCUGCAGCUCGUCUCCUAACUGGGACCAAGAAACGGGAGCACAUAACUCCGGUGCUUGCCUCUCUUCACUGGCUCCCUGUUAGGUACAGGAUUGAUUUUAAGAUUCUUUUAUUUGUUUUUAAGUCUCUGAAUGGGCUGGCCCCGGAAUAUCUGUCUGACCUUGUUAAACUGCGCCAGCCCUCCAGAGCCCUCAUGUCAGCUAAUUAGGUGGUUUUAGACGUUCCUCGAUCCUUUUUAAAAUCUAGAGGAGAUAGAGCAUUUUCUGUCAUGGCUCCCUCUUUGUGGAACGCUUUACCCCUGACAGUGCACACUGCUAAAAGCCUUUCCACUUUUAAAACACUUCUGAAGACGCAUCUGUUCACUUUUGCUUUUGGGGAAGUAUAGCUACUUUUAUUGGGUACUUUUUUGCUAUGUUUAACAAUAUUGUUGUUUUAUGUUUUUCUAUGUUUUAUGCUUUUAUGGUCUUUAUAGUUUUUAUUGUUUUUACUGUCUCUGGCUAUUUGACUGUAAAGCACUUUGGUAGGCCACUGGCUGUUUUUAAAUGUGCUAUAUAAAUAAAGCUGACAUUGACAUUGACAUUUACUAUUACCUGCUUUUAAAACAGUUCAUUAUGUUUGUAUGAUAUAGAGCCAUACUGGUUGGUGGCGUGAUAUGGGAAUAAAAUGAAUGUAAAAUGCACUUAAUGGUCUUAACUUAUAGAUUUCCCAUUAGACUAAUGCUGUGCAGCUUCCCCACAGUGUUUUAUAAAACCAUGACUUAGAGGUAGCAGACACAUUUGAAGAGCCUCUUCUUCAAUAUAUGGUGCUAAUUUCUACAUUUAAAAAGGACAGCACUAAAGAAAUCUGUAGGAGUGCAUAAGGAGAAUAGUGUGUAGUUGAAUAACAAUGAUCCUUGGUGAAUCGGACAAGAUUUAUGCAUUGACUGGCCUGCAGUCAGCUUGCAACAAUUUAACAAGCCUUCAUUUUUUUAUUUAGUUUCAGUCACACGUCUAUGGAAUAGGCACACUUGAAACUCGUGUUCUGAUGGCUUAUGUGAUAGAUGGAUAGAUAGAUAGAUGUACUUUAUUGAUCCCAAACUGGGAAAUUCUCUAAACAGAGUUCCCUGACCGGGAAUCGAACCCGGGCCGCGGUGGUGAGAGCGCCGAAUCCUAACCACUAGACCACCAGGGACAGUUGUAUGUGGUAACAGUUGAUAGGCUGCAAUUGUAUGCUUACCUAGCAGGUGGUGGGUGGUAGCUCAGAAUGGAAGGACUUUGGCAGUACUUUGAUUAUGUUUGACACAUAGUGAGAACUACUUGUUACACAUUUUGACUUGUGUGUACAAGGAAUUAAGAUACAGCCAUUCCAAAUUGUCACUGGCCCACCUAAAACUCUCUUUUUCUUUAAGUUGUCUUACUAGAUAUGCUUAUGGACAUGUUUCACGACCGUCCUUUUAUUUGAUAUUUGUUUGUAAUUAUGAGCAGCUUGACCAUUUUCUUGCAUUUCUAGACUUUUGUGCAUUAUCUGCAAACUUUAAACCAACAAUAAUUAAUUGGCAUACAGACUUUUUUUGUUUAAAUGUGUGGACUGAACAUUACUCUCUAAAAUGUCAAGUAAGUAUGAAUUUAGGACAUUGCUUCAUUACUCUUUUCUUGAUGUUAUAGUUGAAUUAUGCAUGGUUUAUUAAAACAUUUUUGCCAUUUUUUUCAUCCAAAAAUAUGGUCACUUAUAAUCUAAAAUAUACAGCAUAUGUAAAUAUAAUAUCCUAUAAUUUGGUUUUAACACACACCAUAUAAUUCAAUUUAAGAAUUGGCUUUAGAAGUCAUUUUCUGUUUUUUCUUUCACUUGAAAUGAUGAUCAUUAACUGCAUAUAUCAACCUCUCUCCACAGUAUGUCUACUUCCGCAUGGGUGUCAAACAGGCAGAGAUGUUGAAGUCCAGGUUAUUUCGUUUCACUUUGGAUGAAGUACGCUGUCGACAUUGUUUCCUGGAGCGCAGAGGCAUGUAUGAGACCCCGGACAAGAAAGGACAGACCACCAUUAUCAACCCCAAAUUGGAAAGCAUCUUAAAUGUCAGCGAAGGCACCUUCGUCACAGAUGUUGCCAUGGCAUCAGCGGAGGAGUAUGAUGUUUUUAAAAAACUGAUGGAGAGAGAGUGGCGUGAGGAGGAGCAGCAGAUGGACAGCAUUGACACUGAUCAUGAUGAUGAGGAAGAGGAGGAGGAAGACAUGGCGGGUGGUGGAAAAAAUUCAUAUAAGAGGAGAAAAAGGAAAUGA